AUGCGCCUACCAAAGCAUCACGAGAGCCGUAACAGGUGCAGAUGUGUUAGGCUGUGUGCUUUGAUUCAAGAAAGUUGUCGCCAGCUGAAUCCCAUUCCGGGUUUGACAAUGGGUAUGCGUGGGAUGCAUCUCACGCCGCGACCCAUGCAAUCGUCGAAAAUUCCCAACUUUGAAUCUCCUCCUUGUUACAUGUAA